CGCCAUUUCCCGCUCCGGCUGCAAGUGUAAUCGCUUAUCCGGUUGCCAGUAAAGCGAGUAAAGUUUGGCGUGGUUCAUGCGUGUUUUGUGAUACGCGGCGACGUGCCGCAAUAUUUCUGUCGCAAUGGGAGACAUAUUUUGCCUCGUAAUGUUGGAGAGCGGCAGCAGGAGAAAGCUGAAGCUCGAAACGGGAUCCUACGACGAAUUACUCACGGGCCUUGCCGGAAUCGCCGAAGUCGACUUCCGUAACACCCUGAUUCAGAUAUUUGAUACUGACUUGGAAGACUUUGUGGACCUGUUGCCUGGUGAUGUGGUGCCAAACAAGGCCAAGGUGCGCAUUGUGACAAAAAAGGAUCCUGCUCCGAGUACUGCGGCUACAUCCCCGAUUAAAGCCAUUCUACCCAGUCAUCCUUUGCACCAGGCUGUACGCCAAGUUGCACCACACACAGCAUUACGUCAAGUGGUGUCCCCGCUUCCCAGGCACCUAGACGUGCGGCCGUACAACGUCCAGUCCAGGGAUGUCAACGCAGUGCCAGCUAUUUGCGCAGCAGAUGGUGUUCUUGUGCAAGCUCCUUGCGCUGACACUACGACGAGCACCGACUGUGAUACAGAUUCUGUGGAAUCAAUUAUGAUCAGUGUUGAGGAUGUUCCUGACGAACCAGCAGUCCAUUCUCAAGAAGAGGCAGUGUCCACCGCUGCUGCUGAGGCCGAGAAAGCCAAAGAAACUGAAGACGCAGCCAUGAGGUUGUCACGUGUUACGGAGGAUCUGCGUGCAAUGCUGCCUAGCCAGCUGGAAGCUGGUAACUUGCCACUGACAUCGAAAAUGACGAUCAUACCUAAGCAUGAACACGAUCGCAAAGAUUACCUCAAGUUCACAUUGCCUCCUUCCUUCGGCAUCUGGUGUGACAGGGCCCUGGAGAGGAAAACGCUGAUCACUCCAAAAAUGAGGAGGCACAUUAUCUUCGUCCUGUUUCAAGCCUGCUUCAAGAUCACCCUGUAUCCAACCAUGAGGCUGUACAGAAGGGCAAUUGAUUCAUUGGUGGUGAAGUAUCCACACUUGGCUGAGGGGCCUUUCAAUUGGCAAUGCUGGAACCUGGCCCUGAGGAGCAAGUUUAAGAAUACACGACGAAGGCUCCCAGAAACGCCAGGUCUCAUGGGCGAAUCAAGGAGGAAGUUUGGUGGGAAGCGCACACUGGAUGAAGUCCGGUAUCAGGCGGCCAAAGAACGCAUGGCCUUUGGUAUUGUUCCAGCAUUGAACUCUUCCGAGGCGCCCGACCUGCACAACCAGAUGGGCGACGAAGGUUCCACCUGCACCGAAGUUGUGCUAUACAAAGCAGGAUCAGAGGAGCAGGACGAGGAGGUUACUGCCGAUUGUGCUAACAAAGCUGUGUUGAAGGGCGUCACUGUUUCUGACCUGCUUAGUAUGUGCACGAACGAAGCCGCUGCGAAGAAGCUUGUAGAGCAAGCUGGUGGCAGAGCACUGGCAGACGAAGAGAUGAAUUGUGAUGAACCAUCGCUUGAGGGGAGCAGUGAAAAGGCAUCGAAACCAAACCGAGACAGAAAAUCGAAAUCCCUCGAGGACAGGGAUGACAUGAAGUUUGAAUUGCCUUCCUUUGGAGUGUUUGAAGAUUCCCUGAGGAACAGGGAUCAAAUCACCAGCAGGAUGCGGCGUCACAUCAUCACAUGCCUCUUCGAAGCUUGCUCCAAGAUAACUCUAUAUCCAACAUCGCAUCUCUACAGGACUGCAGUGGACCUUCUGCUGCAUAAGUACCCACACCUUAUUGACACCACUGGAGAAACUGGGAGGGAGUUGUGGGUUGACUCGCUGAAGUCAAAAUUCAAGAAUGUCCGACGCCAGCUGCCGGAUAAUGUGUGGAGCAUGCGCGAGGUUCGAAGCAAGUAUACCACCUCCGCCAGGCGUUUUAACAACCAAGCGAAACGGGAAACAGAGGGUGUGCGACGCGCCUCUCGUCCUGUGGCAGUCGAAGAGCUGUUGUCAGCUGGCAACAACGUUUCACAGAAAGAUGGCGCAAAGGCUCUCACAGACACAAGCGGCUCAAGUGGUCGAAGCCAAGUGUUGGCCGUGAAGGAGAGGAAUGACAGUGUACGGGAGAUGACGGUGCAGCAGGCCAUCGCGGCCUUCCCUUCUUACAGGCAGGAGUCUGUUCUGCUUGCAGAGUUCAAGACGCUCUGGAACACUGAUGUUGCUGAAUGCUUUGAAAAAGGCAUCAAAAGGCUGUUUCUGGUGCUGAUGGACUCGGGGACAGAGGACGAGGUCCAUGAAAUUUCGAGGGCUGGAAAUGAGAUUCUUCUCGUUGUGCUGGGUGUGGUUGCCCAGAGAGUGUUAGAAAAGCUGGAUGCCCUCGUUACAGAGGGCUCCGCGCUGCCGACGCCCUGUCUCGUCAAACGGCCUACUGGGAACAUUGACGUGUUUGUCAACGAGUAUUACCUCUUUACCGCGUCAUCACUGCUCGGAGGCAUGUGUGCGCUGUUUGCGUCCUUCUGGGUGUUCCACAUCGAGUACCCUAAGGAGGCGCGGAGCAUCCUAACAUUCCUGGAACACGCUUUCCUCAACUUGCGUCACACCAAGCCACGGCUAAGGUGCCGGGAGGUCAUCAACCUGUACAGGAGCACGCAUCUAUGAUGCAGUAUUCCAAUUCAAUUUUUUUUUCAGUAGGAAAGAAAGCCAAAGUUUAAACUUCAGUGACAUGCAACGCUGUUAGAUGAACAUCUCACUGUAAUGCACAUGUUAGCUGAAAGGGAAUGACGAAUCCUGUGUACAGUGACAUUGUGUUUCAUGUCAGUAUGUACAUGUUCAUGCUAUUCAUUGUAUUGUUUCAUCACAUAGAUAUGUUUUGUAAAAGCAUUUCCAAAUAAGUACGAAUAUAUAAGUGCA